CUGCCAGCCGCCGCCCCGGGGACAGCCAGCUCCCCCCGGCGCCCACAGCCCGGUGUCAAGUAACGGGACGUUGAACUGCCGUCUUUCCAGGGCGAAUUACACUCGUGGGUCCCCCCCCUCCACCACCGCGGCUGCCGGCGGGCGCUCCGCCCGGCGGGGCGGGGAGAGGCUCUGCCUCCACACCGCUCGGCCCCGGCUUCGGGGCGGGGAGCGCGGCGGCUCCGCCCGGGGUUGCUGGGGGGGACGAAAAGCCCCGCAGGGCCCGGGGAUGGACGGCAGCGUCCGCCGGGCAGAGCGGGGCGGGGCGGGACACGUUCGAUCCCUUUCUCACCGCCGAGCGCCCAUCCCCGCGGCCGGAACGCAGCGGAGCGGCACCGAACGCCGCUCGGCGGCCCCGCCCCGCCCCGUUCCAUCGCGGCAAUCGAUCCGCGCGGAGGAAAGGGGCGUCCGGGGGCGGCUCCUCGGGCAAACGCCGCCGAAAGGCGGGGAGAGAAAAGCCCCCCUCCUCGUCCCCGUCGUUCCUCACCUGAGGCGAUGGGAACGGAGCCCCCGGGACGGCCGCGGCGCCGCGUCCCCUCCGCUCGGCGGCGCGGGGUUCCCUCAGCCGCCCCCGCCCGGCACGCGCCCGACCGACGGCCGUCCUCGCGCCGCGCGGCCUCGAGGGAAAACCGCUCGUUUGCUUCUGCAAAACGGCCGCAGCGCGCGGGACGCAGCUCGGGGCGCUCCGCCUCAGCGGGAGCGGGGAGCCGGGAACGCCGCGCGGCCCCGACCGCCCCACCGCCUGCAGCGCUGCUGCCGCGCUCGGCUCGGCGCGGAGCGGGGUUGGCGCCUCGCUGAUGCGACCUGUUCGAUUUACCGUUGUCUGAGAGCAAAAGGUGGCUCGAAAUUCCUGACCGUUCGCACCGAGAAGCCGGCGGGCUCCGGGUACGGCUGCCACACGGGCACCGCGGAACCGUCGCGGUCAAACAGGAGCGCGUUCUAAAGAUAGCGAGUCCGGGAGGCGUUCAGACUCC